AGCGAAGGGAGGAGCUGCCCCAGCCCCAGAGCCAGAACCGUGAGUCACCUGCAAAAGGGGGCUUGUUCAACUAUAACUCCGCACUUCGCCCAGCCCAGCCCAGCCCAGCCCAGCCAGCCAGCCUCCUCCUCCGACUGCAGCUGGAACGCAACCUCCAGCCCGCAGGAGCCCUCCUGGUUUAGAGGGAGACCACAGCCCUCUGCAGCCAGAGAGGCGGAUUUCUUGUCCUACCGCCAUCCAAUCGGACGCGCCAGGCAGAAGACCCCUCCUCUUCCCGCUAUCCCGGUUGAAUGUGCAGCCGCCCGUUCGGCAACGGUACCCAAGCAGGUCACAAGAGGACAGCAUGAAAGAGGUGGUGCUCCCCAACGCCACUGAAGAUCAGCGGCCAGGCUGGUUCGUGUCCAGCAACGUCAGCAGCAACUCCUUGUAUCUCUCGGAGGCUCCUCCUCCACUGCCCUUGAAUCCUUGGGAUGUGGUGCUUUGCAUUUCCGGGACCAUCAUCUCCUGCGAGAAUGCCAUUGUGGUAGCCAUCAUUUUCUACACCCCUGCCUUCCGGACUCCAAUGUUCCUGCUGAUUGGAAGCUUAGCCACUGCUGACCUUUUGGCCGGCUUGGGCCUCAUCUUCCACUUUGCCUUUGUUUACUGCAUCCAGUCGCAGGCAGUGAACCUCAUCACGGUGGGCCUCCUGGUGACCUCCUUCACAGCCAGCGUGGGCAGCCUCCUGGCCAUCACCAUAGACCGUUACUUGUCCCUCUACAAUGCACUGACUUACUAUUCAGAAAGGACUGUUACCCGGACAUACAUCAUGCUCAUUAUUACCUGGGGGGUCUCCAUCUGCUUUGGGCUCUUGCCCAUUAUGGGCUGGAAUUGCCUGAAAGAUGACUCUACCUGCAGCAGCAUCAAGCCAUUGACCAAGAACCACCUCAUUAUCCUCUCCAUCUCCUUUUUCAUGGUCUUUGCCAUGAUGCUGCAGCUCUAUGUCCAGAUUUGCAAGAUCGUUUGCAGGCACGCCCAACAGAUUGCCCUCCAGAGGCACUUUUUGGCAACUUCGCACUACGUCACCACUAGGAAAGGGAUCUCUACUUUGGCUGUCAUCCUGGGGACCUUUGCUUCUUGCUGGCUGCCCUUUGCCAUUUACUGCCUCCUGGGUGAUUAUACCUACCCAGCCCUCUAUACUUAUAUGACAGUACUCCCUGCUACCUACAAUUCCAUGAUCAACCCUGUGAUCUAUGCCUUCAGGAACCAAGAAAUCCAGAAAGUGUUAUGGACUAUCUGCUGUGGCUGCAUUUCUUCCACCAUGCCUUUCCGAUCCAGAUCUCACAGUGACGUCUGAAUCAUAACUCUCUCAAUGAUCCCACUUUGCUCAAAGACGAAUCUGCAAAAAGCCUUUCACCGCCCGCCCACCCCAGCACAAUCCACUGGAAUGUUUGAGAGCCAUCAAAUACACCUCACCCCUUUCUCAUUUCCUUUACCCCAUGUGAGUGAACCUGCUGUUUUAGCUUUUAUUUAUUUUUCACAUCAGAAGAAAAAAGAGAAAUAAUUUUAUUUUUUUAUCCAUACUUUUUUUUUAAAGCAUGUUUCUGCCAGAUUGUGGCACGUGUGUGUAUUAGUUACAUGUCUGAAAUUUGAUGUCAGUAGUUUAUUUGAAAUCUUUAUAAUGCAUUAUUUUCUUAAAGGACAAGUGGGAAGAAACCUCAAUUUUUGACCUUGCUUUUUUGAGUUUCUACAGCUUUAAUUACCUCAGAUCUUCAGAAAAUAUUUUUCUACAUUUAAACAAAUUCCAUUGUGUCCCUUUCCAUCUUUUAUUACCCCUCCCCUGGAAGAAGAGAGUGAGUUUGUGUGUGUCCAGAAAUAUGCCAGCUUUUAAAAGAAAUGUAUGCAUUAUUUAUUUAUUUGUUUGUUUAUAUUUACCAGCUUUUAAAAACAAAAUAGAUUUUCCUCUGUUCUGUAUUUUGCUGCCCUCUGGUGUUCAUUCUGUUUUAUGCACACAACGGUAUGUAGAGGGGGUUGGGAGAAAGGAAUCUUUUGCAUGUCUAACCAAGCCAGUAUUAAUAAAUGGAAUGUGUAACUAUUAGAAUAAACAAUGCAAGUUGAAAGAGAUUAAUAUAAUGCUAAGGCUGCAAUCCUAUACACAUUUCCCUGAGAAUAAGUUCCCCUGAACUCAGGAAGACUUACUUUAAGUGGACCUGCAUAGGAUUGCGCCAUAAUGAACCUCAGAGGUACUACUCUAGAAUAAGUGAUUGAAGGAUCACCGUCAUUGCACUAGGAGUACAGAAGAAGGAGGAACAUUUCUGAACAUGGAGAACCAGAAUCAGUGAUGACAAUGAGUCAGCCAACAUUGCAAGCUGUGGAUCAGAUCAUCUUUAUUAACUUUCCCCAACCCUCCAGAUGAUGUUGGACUACAACUCCCAUCACCCUUGACCAUUGGCCAUACUGGCUGGACUGAUGGGAGUUGGAGUCCAACAAUAUCUGGAGGGUUGGGGAAGGCUGAUCUAUAUACUGUUCCCCACCCCCCCUCCUUCAAAUUUGCACAAUCCUGGCAAGGAAAUAAAUGUAACAUGGCACUUUUGGAAAUCUGAAGUUUUUACUACUGUGUUGCAGAGCACCUUAAAAUAUGCUCUGUGUGAGUUGAAAAGCACUGUAUACUUUUGUUUACA